UUAUGGGUCGUUGGGUCUUCACUGCAGUGUGAGUGAAACAAGAAGAACACGUCCAGUAUUUAACAAAUUCACUUCCUGCUAGUAUCCCAGAAUUUCUGUUUCAUAAAAUGGCUAUUAAGUUUGUCUGUGUUGAAGAUUACGAGAAGCAUGCAGCAAAAGUAUUGCCGUCAAAUGCCCUGGAAUAUUACAGAUCAGGGGCUGAUGAAGAACAAACUCUACGUGAAAAUCGUGAUUCUUUCAAACGAUGGCGAUUGAUGCCACGUAUGUUACGAGGAGUGCAGAAUCGUUCAAUGAAUACUACUGCACUUGGAUGCAGCGUCUCCGCUCCUUUUGGCAUAGCCCCCACGGCUAUGCAAAGAAUGGCUCAUCCGGAAGGCGAAUGCGCAACAGCGAAAGCCGCCGCAGCACACGGUAUCAUAUAUAUUCUGAGCACGAUUGCAACUAGCAGCAUAGAAGAAAUUGCUGCGGCCGCACCGAACGGCAAUAACUGGUUCCAACUUUAUAUUUAUAAAGAUCGUCAGGCAACAAUCGAUUUGAUUCGGCGUGCGGAGAGAGCUAAUUUCAAAGCUCUCGUUGUAACAGUUGACACGGCAGUUCUUGGCCGACGUCUCGUCAAUGAACGACACGGAUUCGACCUACCCGCCCACCUGAAGUUAGGCAAUUUUAACAAUGUUGACGAGAAAUCGAAUUUUCAAACUCUUAAAAAAGAAGGCUCUCGUUUAGCAGCGUAUGCAUCCGUGAUGUUUGACCCAAGCUUAACAUGGAAAGACAUUACCUGGCUGAAAAGUAUCACGAAAUUACCAAUUGUGGUUAAAGGAGUUCUUCGUCCUGAUGAUGCGGAACUUGCAGUGCAACAUGGAGUUUCAGCAAUUGCAGUUUCCAAUCACGGCGGCCGCCAAUUGGAUGGUGUUCAAGCAACGAUCGAUGCACUUCCAGCAAUAGUUAAACAGGUGAAUGGACGUUGCGAGAUCUUUCUGGACGGUGGUGUUACCAAAGGCACAGAUGUUCUUAAAGCUUUAGCCCUUGGUGCAAAAAUGACAUUCUUUGGCCGGCCGGCCUUAUGGGGACUGGCCCACAGUGGAGAAGAGGGCGUGAAAAAUAUUAUACAACUGCUCAAAACCGAGGUUGAUAUUGCUAUGGCUUUAGCAGGCUGCCGUUCGGUGGAUGAAAUCGAUUCAUCUUUGGUUCUUCGUCAAGAAUUGCAUUCCAGUCUGUGAAUUAGAUAAUGCAUCUCAGGUCCUGUGCAAAAUCAAAAUAUGUAGUUCUAUGAAAACGCGAUAGAUUUGGCGAAUAAACAAAAACUCAUUAUU